AUGGAUUCGUUAGUACGACGAAGAUGCCUUGCGCAUAUUGCCCGCAGUCGCAUACUCGGUCUCCGCCACACCAGCACCGCAAGUACGACAGCGCUUCCAGCCCAACGCUCUCUACCUUCCGCCGCAACUCCACCCACCACAACCUCCAAACCGAAGCCCUCGCUAUCGUCUUCAGCAGCAACAAAAGACAUUGUACCGCCGAAACCAGUUGAUCUCCAACGCUACCACGUCUCUUCCCCUCCCACUCCCGUCCAACAAACCUACACAACCCGCUAUUUCCAAAACCCCUCCUCGCCUCCAAUUCACCUCUGGACCGCCGCAAAGUUCUCGACUAUCCCGCGGUCUCCGUACCCAGAAGUGUGUUUUGUAGGCCGUUCGAAUGUCGGAAAGUCCUCUUUACUCAAUGCCGUAUUCGGACGCCCGAAAGAGAAGAUCGCAAGAGUUAGUUCCAAGGCUGGACACACAAAAACACUGAAUGCAUUCGGCGUGGGAGGUAGCCAAAGAGAUACUGCAGCCAAAGAGCCGUUGAAACAAUUGAUGCAAGGAGCGUUAGUCGUAGUCGAUACUCCUGGCUACGGCUACCACUCACGUCAAGAAUGGGGCCCUGAGAUCAACAAGUUUUUCGAAAAGAGGAAGCAAUUGCGCAAAGUCUUUUUACUCAUCGACGCUCUACACGGCAUUAAACCCCGCGACUUGGUGCUGCUCCAACACUUUGAGCAACAAGGUAUCGAUUACCAAAUCAUCCUCUCCAAGGUCGAUAGGAUAGUCAUGACAGACUCUAAAGUCCCUGGUGCGGAGAAAUUGCACCGUAAUGUGGGCAAACUGGAUAAGAUAUAUCAAGAGGUGGAAGAGCAGUUGGCUACUUUGGAUGAAGGCAAGAGAAAGAAGAAAAGAGAUGUGUUGGCUGCGAGUGCCGAAAAACAAAUUAAAGGACUACAAGGAUGGGGAGGAGGUGCAAAGAUUGGGAUUGAGGCCGUCAGAUGGGCCGUGCUUAAGGCGUGUGGAUUGGAUUGUGAUGAGCAAGGAAACAGGAGAAUUGUUGAAGGGUUAGAGAUUCAAGAUGAGGACGAGGGUGAUGAGGAGGUUGUGGCCUGGAAGCCUCAGAACUGA